AUGCCGGACAACGUGGAGAAAUUGACGAAGCAAAUGGACCAUCUCGGAUUGACUCCGUUCGCCGCAAAGAAGCCUGCCGGAUUCAUCGGAACACCGACGACUUGUGUAGCGAAUAUCAAGAAAAUCGACUUGAUGCCAAACGUGCCAAUUUACAAAUACGAUGUGAAGAUCGACAUUUUCUACAAGAAAGACGACGGCGAAAUCGUGUCGCAUGAAAUCAGCAAGGAAUUGCGCAGCAGCGAGCACAACUUCCGAUCGAAGGAUCAGUGCCGAGCAGUCUAUUUGUAUGUGCUCGAGAAGCAUCGAGACGUAUUCGGAACCGAGCAGACGUGCUUCUACGACCAACAGGCCUCGUUGUAUUCGACGAAGGACCUCGGAGCGAGGAACGACUUCAGCAUUCCGACGAGUGUCAUCACUCCACACGCUUCGGCGCAUGAGAUCAGAAUGAAGAUCGAGCGAGUCGGAUGCGAUUUCCAGGCUACCACCAACGACAUUCAGGCGACCGUCCACGCGGUGCCCAGGAAUGCGAACAAGACGUUGCUGGAAGCUCUGAAUGCGAUGAUCUCCGACAUUCCGAACAACCGGCCGAACGUGUUCUCGAUCCAUGGAAGCAACCACUUCCUGUUCGAUCCGCACGAGGACGGAAGGUUCUUCACCAAAUGGGAGGGUCUCGGCCUUUCGAAGGCCGUGAAGACGUUGGAAGGCGACGGGAAGAAGCCGCAAUUAUACAUGGUGGCGGAGGUCAAGAAGACGCUUUUCCACGUUCCCGGAAACAGUUUGGCCGAUAAGUUGUACUACUUGGACAAGCAGGUCGAGCAGUUCCAGCCGGCAAGUGCGCAGGCUCAGAAGCUGCUGAAGCAGGUCAAGAACGUGGCUUGCUAUGUGUCGUACUCGACGACGCGAACACCCGACAAAGACUCGCCGAUAGUGCUGGUGAAGGGGUUCGGACCGGCAGCGAAUUCGCCGCAGAGCCGAUUCGAGUACGACGGAAGACAAGUGACGAUCGAGGAGUACUUCCGAGCGAAAUACAACGUCCAAAUCAAUUAUCCGUCGAUGAUGACGAUCAAGGGCCAAACCGGACGACGAUCGGGACUGUUUCCGGCGGAUCUGCUGAUUGUGUGCGAGAAGCAGGUCGUUCGCAACGAGCAGAUGAUGCCGAACGAACAGCAGGCGGCGAUUAAAAGUUCGGCGAUUCCGCCGGCGGCUCGUCGCCAACAAACCGAGAGCAUCAUUCGUAGUGUCGGGUUGGACACUCACGAGACGAUCGCCGGCGUUCUCACCAUCGGAAAAAGCUUCGUCUCGGUGCCGGCGAGGGUGCUCGAACCGCCGCUGAUCAGGACGAGAGACGCGAGUUCGACUGUUCUGCCCGACAGUACGUGGACUGUCAGCAAGUUCGUGCAGCCGGCCACCAUCAACAAGUGGAGUGUGAUCUUCAUCGAGGUCCAGGCACCAAAUUUCGUCGAGAUCUUGCUGAGAGAGAUGAACAAGGUCGGAAUGACGGUGUCGGCUCCGACGGUGUCGAACUACGACCGCUACCGGAACAAUCUCGAGGAGAUAUUCAUCAACGCGAAGAACGCGGGCACCUCGUUCUUGUUCUUCAUCAAUCGCGACAAUUUGAAUCUGCAUUCGCACAUCAAGUAUUUCGAGAAGAAGUAUGAUAUUCUGACACAAGACAAUCGAUCGAAGGUGGCGAACGCGGCGAAGAAGACACUGGAGAAUGUGAUAAACAAGGUGAACAUCAAAAAUGGUGGCCUCAACUUUGUGCUUUCCGCCUUGCAAACCGAGCAAUACAAAUAUCGAUUGAUCGUCGGAUUCGAGACGUCUCAGCGAAACUCGAACGCCGGGACUCCCAUCAUGAUCGGAUAUUCGGCCAACUUUCUCGAUCAUCCACAAAAGUUCGGCGGAGGCUUCAGAUUUGUCAAAAAGAAUUCCGAUGUGUUCGGCCCGAUUGUCAAAGAGACCAUGAAGGAGAUGCUGCAGAAGAUGAAGGAGAACCGAGGAAUCGCCAAAGAGAUCUUCGUGUAUUUCAAUGGCGUCUCCGAAGGCCAGUACAGCCUGAUCAACGAGCGCUACGUGCAGUCGAUCAAGGACGCGUGCAUCGAACUCUCGCCAACCUAUCGGCCCCACAUCACCGUGCUGGCCGUUUCGAAGAGCCACAACGAGCGAUUCUACAAGCAGGAUUUGAGCGGAAGAAACGCGAGAGAGCAGAACAUCAAGCCGGGCACCGUCAUCGACAAGCUCAUCGUGAGUCCCGUCAUCAGCGAAUUCUAUCUGACGUCGCAUGUGACGCUGCAGGGCACCGCGAAAUCGCCCAAAUUCUCGGUGAUCUACGAUACGAUGAAACAGAAAAUGGAUGACAUCGAGACGUUCACCUAUCGCCUGUGCUUCCUUCAUCAGAUUGUCUACAGUCCGUGCUCUCUUCCGGUGCCUCUCGUCAUUGCCGAUCGAUUCUCGAAGCGCGGAACCAUGAUCUACAAUCAGUCCGGUUUUGUGAUGCCAUCAAACGAGAAGGACGUGGAUGAAUUCAUCAAGAAGUGCAAUGAUCAGCUGACCUACUCCGGAAAGAAGCUCGACGGCAACCGAUUCAAUGCUUAA